CAGUGCACACUCUCCAAUGGGAAAAGAAAAAAUUUAAAAGGGGAGAGAGAGUUUAUGAAGCAGAAAGAUUUUUAAGAUUAGAUUAAUAAGUAACGUAGUAUUACGACAUGGUGUCGUUAGAGUGACAGUCACCGCCACCAAUCGGAAUAAGCAAGAGAGUGGAGAGAAAAUAAAGAUAAAAUCCCUCAGCCUGUACCUCACGCAACGCAACCUACGGCGUUACCGGACCGCGAAGAUCGGGCUUUGCCGUUCGCUUCACCUCCUAUCCACGCGUUAUUCUCCGCCUUGGUCGGCCCCACAAAAAAAAAGAAAAAAACCAAAAUUUAGUAAUAAUAAAAUAAAAUAAAACAAACCAUACUUCUAUCACCAUCCCUCAUUUUUCCCUUGUUUAUUUCGAGGUUAAUCAUGCAUUUGAAACCAACAGCCACUUGUUUCAUUGGCAGCAUUGGUGGAACCUUGUUAAGAGAUCAAGGUUUUCUUGUGAGUAGUUUCAUGGUUGGGUGGCUGCGGUCAGUAUAUGCAAAGGGUAGAGUUAGGUUAGCUGGACUUUAGGCAAGACUAACUAGGUGAAUGGCGAAAGCUAACAAGGUUAAGUGCAAGGCUGAUUCUCGACGGCAUAGAAUGACACCAUAUCCGUUGCCACCUUGCCAAAGGAAGAGUGCUAAAGGUUCAUGCUCAAAGAAGAAACAUCUAAAAGCCUUGGAGAAGAAUGACUGGGAAAGUUCAACCUGUUCAGUUUGUCUGGAAUACCCUCACAAUGCAGUGCUCCUCCUUUGUUCCUCUUAUAACAAGGGUUGCCGUCCAUAUAUGUGUGCAACUAGUUGUCGUUUUUCCAACUGUCUUGAACAGUACAAGAAAGCUUAUACAAAAAUAACUUCAAAUGAAGAUAUGCAACAUUCGAUCGAAUCAGUGGACAAUUCAACUAUCCUUUUGGAUGCAGGGCAGGUAAAGGAGAAGAUUGAAGUUCCCGAGCUUUUAUGCCCCCUCUGUCGUGGACAGGUUAAGGGUUGGACAGUGGUGGAACCGGUACGCAAGUAUCUUAAUGCCAAAAAAAGAACCUGCAUGCAGGAUAAGUGCUCAUUUAUUGGAACUUAUAGACAGUUGAAGAAGCAUGUUAAGGCGAAGCACCCAUUGGCACGGCCCCGGGCUGUAGACCCUGUACUUAAAGAAAAAUGGAAGAAGCUUGAAUGUGAGAGAGAGCGAAGCGACGUAAUUAGCACAAUUAUGUCGUCAACUCCAGGGGCAGUGGUUCUUGGUGAUUAUGUGAUUGAGCCAGGCCAUCAUGGCAUCUUCGACGAUUAUGAUUAUGAUUCAGAUGAGUCUCUGGAUGAUGGUUUCUUCCCAUUUGAGUCCUUUAAUAGGGGGCAGAGUAGUGGUCAUUUUCGCAGUGGAUUUCGUUUGGACAUUGGCUCAUUGGAUGAGGAUGAUUAUGGAUUGCGGCGUCCUGUGGCUCCUGUUCCGGCAGCACUCUCUGGGCGUGGUCCCCACAGGAUACUGCUCGGAGCUGCAAGGACUGGAAGGUUACGACGAGGCAAUAGAAGUCGAAACUCCUAACUAAAAUGGUUUGAGGACUAAAUCUAUCUUAAUUUGGUUGCUCUAGAGUUAGAUGCUGUUGCCUUCAUAUGCCACAUGUGACGGUUGCCACUGAAGUGGUUGCCCUGAUUUGGUAUAACGUAUUGGUCAUUGGCAAACAAUUUCAAAACAUAGUAGAAAUACCAGUUUAGAGGGACCUUUUCUAGGUGAUUACUUCUGACAAGGGCCAAGCAUUUCAUUAGUCUUUUUCCUCAUAGGCGAACAAUUUGAUUGUUAUUUGAUCAUAUGCAUCUUCCUUUGAAUUGGGGUGAAAUGAUGAGAAGCAUUUUUCA